UGUCAAUAACAAAAUGCAAAAAGCAUAACAGACUCCAGAGGGUUAAAAAUCCUCACCUUUAGUUUUUUUUAUCUUCAUUUGAUUAUAUUCGAUUAAUAUUAGAAGGAUACGUGUCUACAGUAAUAAGUAGAACAACACAGACGGAAGCAUUACUUCAGAUCAAAUGAGGGAGGAAGUCAUGUGCACAAAUGUGUCAACUUCAGAUGUGAGAGGAGAGAAGCAGUUCUCUCUCUGCAGAGUCAGAGCUGAACUAUCAUGAAAAUGCUGUUCAGUUGGAUGGGCUCACUCUUGCUUAUUCACUGCUUCACAGUAUGUACAUGUAGGGGCAUUACAGUUUACGGCAUUGAUGGUCAGGAUGUCAUCCUCCCAUGCAAGUAUGACUCACACCAUCAUGGCAAAUGUGAGAUAUGCUGGAUGAGAGGAGUUAUACCAUCAAGUGGGUGUGGUUCUGAAAUAAUUGCAACAGAUGGAGAUAAAGUGGUAAGGAACAUAUUAAACAGAUAUCAGCUCCCUGGAGACAUACAGAAUGGAGAUGUAUCUUUAAAAAUCCACAGUACAAAACAAAGUGACUCUGGAACAUAUGGCUGCCGAGUACACGUGCCUGGAUGGUUUAACGAUGAAAAAUAUGAGGUUUACUUAGUCAUUGAGCAAAAGCCUGUAUCAACUGCAUCAGUGAAUAUAACUGACAUUACAACCAUGGGACCAUGGAACCACUCUGAAACUCUACAGGAAAAUGAAACCAUCACGGCUCUUCCUGAUCACAGUAAAAAUGUGGAUGAGACAAUGGAUGAAAUGCUUGCUUGUAUUGUGGCGUCAAUUCUACUGUUUUUGCUCAUUUUGUGGACAGCUGCUCUUUAUAUAAUGUGGAAGCAGAAAAGAAAAAGAAGGACAGUAGAAAUGCACCAGAACAUCCAGGAUGCCAUUAUUUACAGCAACACAGACAGCAGCCUGGGCUUCCACAACAGGGUGAUGGCUGUAGACAACAUCUACCAGCUAGAAACUGAGAAUGAAUAUGAGAGAUGGUCAUGAUGGAAUUCUCAUACAGUAUUGUUAGUUGUCAAAGGCUCUUGGUAACAUUAAAUGAUUGCAGUUCUGUGAUAUUAAUUAAUAUUUAGUAGACACUUGCUAGGGACUAACUUUUGUGAAAUGUCAUGAUUAGGAAGAGAGAAAUGUUACUGUAAUAGUGUGAUAAUUACUACUGCUGAUCCUUCUUUCCACCGCAAGUCAGUUCUCAUCUCAUCAGAGUAACAUCCUGCAAUAUUUUGAGUCCCGGGGCAAGUAAAUUCCUUAUUUUUUGCUGGCUUGUAAAAAUGUUCUUGAGUAAAUAUAUGCAGAGUGCGCAAGGUAUGUGCACUUAACAUUUCUUUGUGAAAAAGGUGUACAGUAAACAUCACUAUAAUAGCACCUGUUUGAGCCAGCAUAGCAGUGUUUGUUAACUGUAGCAGAACAUUAUCUUCUGUCACUGUUGACAUUUAUGAGCAAGUACUUGAGAAAAUGUUAUUAUUAUUCAUGACUUUGAUAUUGUCAUGCACCCUGCUACAACCUCCAAUGUGCUCCACCAAUCAGUCUUGCCAGUUUAUUAAUAACUGGCCACACCCUCUCAUCAGACACCUGAGGAAUUUUAAUCUGGACUCAAGCCUCCCGCUUACAAAACUCUGUGCAAAGUCUCUUGAGACCACACUGAGUUACUAAGCCAUGUAAUCAAUGUUUUUUACCUUUA